CGCGCCUUCGGCGUCGCGAACCUGGGCCGCGCGAAGCGGAGCGUGCAGCGCAACGCGGACCGCGGCCACCGGAAGGAGGUCGUGCCGCUGGUGCAGCGCGCGCGGACCGAGGGCGCGCCGCCCGUCGUCGUCGUCGUCUGCGGCCCCCGGGGCUCGGGCAAGUCGACGCUGAUCCGGUCGCUCGUGAAGCUCUACACGCGGCACAACCUCGCGUCCGUCGACGGCCCCGUCACGAUCACCGUCGGCAAGGACAAGCGGCUGACGCUCGUCGAGUGCCCCGACGACCUGUGCGGCAUGAUCGACCUGGCCAAGGUCGCGGAUCUCGUUUUAUUGACCAUCGACGCGUCCUUCGGCUUCGAGAUGGUGACCUUCGAGUUCCUCGCGAUCCUGCAGGCGCACGGAUUCCCCAAGGUCAUGGGCGUGCUCACGCACCUCGACAAGAUGAAGACGAACAAGGCGCUGCAGCACGUGAAGAAGGCGCUGAAGCACCGCUUCUGGGCCGACAUCUACGCCGGCGCGAAGAUCUUCUACAUUGGCGGGAUCUUGCAGUCGGGCAAGUACGCGCGGAACGAGACGCGGCAGCUCGCGCUCUACGUGUCGCGCGUCAAGUUCCGGCCGCUGACGUGGCGCAACGCCCACGGCUACGUGCUCUGCGACCGCGUCGACGACGCGACGCCGCCGUCGCGGCUCCUGGCGGACCCCAAGUGCGACCGCACCGUGGACUGCUACGGCUACGUCCGCGGCGCGCACCUGAAAGCCGAGACGCGCGUCCACGUGCCGGGCCUCGGCGACUUCCUGCCGUCGGAGCUCGCGCCCCUCGACGACCCCCUGCCGCUGGGGAAGGCGGAGGCGACGACGGCCGACGGGCGGACGAAGAAGCUCCUCAAGGCGUCGGAGACCGUCAUCUACGCGCCGAUGGCGAACGUCGGCAACGUCGACUACGAGGACGGGUCCGUCUUCAUCGACCUCAAGACCGUGGCCUACUCCAAGGACGCCGACGUCGAGGGCGCGGACGACGCGCGGCGCGCGCAGACCGGCGGCGCGGCCCAGCUCGUGCGCCGGUUGCAGGAUCUGGGCGACGGCGUCGACGGCAAGCUCGGCGACUCGACGCUGCGCCUGUUCGGGUCCGACGCGGGCGUGGCGGCGUCGGCCGCCGACGGGGACGCCGCGGCGCGCGCGUCGUUCUUCGAGCGGACGAAGGAGGACCUGUCGCGGCGGCUCGCGGCGAAGAACGCCGAGGACGUCGCGGCCUGGGUCUACGACUCGGACGCGAGCGACGGCGCCGCGAGCGACGGCGACGACGACGACGACGACGACGCCGCCGCGUUCUUCCGGCGCAAGGGCGCGGGCGGCGCGGCGCCGGCCGGGGGCGGGGCCGCGCCGCGGGCCGGCGCGGACGGCGCGGACGUCGACGACGACGGCCGCAAGCUCGCGGCGCUCGUGCCGUCGCUCAAGGCCGGCGACCUCGACGGCUACUUUGCGUCGACGAAGCUCCGCUUCGCCACCGGCGCGGCGCCCGGCGGCGUCGACGGCGACGACGGCGCGGCGUGGGACGACGACGCGCCGCUGCACGGCGACUUUGAGGAGCUGGACGCGUCGUCGUCGUCCGACGACGACGACGACGACGCGGAGGCGGCGUUGUCGCCGCAGGAGGCCGCGCGCGAGGCCGCGGCGGAGAAGAAGGCCGCGGCCAUGUCGCUCCGCGACGACGACGGCGACGGCGGCGCCGGCGACGACGCCGCGGGCGACGGCGACGACGACGACGAGGAGAACACGUUCCUCGCGGAGCAGCGCGCGGCGCUCGCGAAGCAGAAGCUGUCGAACGAGAGGGAGUUCCGCGACGACGCCGCGCGCCUGGGCCUCGAGGGCCUGUCGAGCGGCCAGUACGUGCGCGUGCGCCUCGAGCGCGUGCCCUGCGAGUUCGUCGACCACCUGUCGCCGCGGCGGCCCGUGAUUUUAGGCGGGCUCCUACCGCACGAGGCCGCGCCCGCGUCGCUCGUCACGGGCCGCGUGCGGCGCCACCGCUGGUACGGCAAGGUGCUGAAAGCGCGGGACCCCGUGCUCUUCUCCUGCGGCUGGCGCCGCUUCCAGUCCGCGCCGCUCUAUAGUUUGGAGGACGAGCGGCAGACGCGGAGCCGGUACCUGAAAUACACGCCCGAGCACAUGCACUGUGGCGCGACGUUCUGGGCGCCGGGCAUCGCGCCGAACUCGCCCUUAGUUGGGUUCCACUCCCUAUCUUCGUCGUCGACGACCUUCCGCGUGUCCUGCGUCGGCGUCGUGCUCAAGCAGGAGGCGACAUCGAAGGUGUCGAAGAAGCUCAAGCUGUGCGGCGCGCCCUACAAGGUCGAGCGCAACACGGCCUUCGUCGACGGCAUGUUCACGUCGGCGCUGGAGGCGGCGAAGUUCGAGGGCGCGACGCUCAAGACCGUGUCGGGCGUCCGCGGCGCCAUCAAGAAGGCCGUCCGCGAGGACGUGUCCGAGGCCGGCAAGCACGCGCGCGCGGGCGCGUUCCGCGCGAGCUUCGAGGACAAGGUGCUGCUUUCCGACAUCGUCGUCUGUCGCCUGUGGGUGCCCGUGGACCCGCCGAAGCUCUGCGCGCCCGUGCGCGACCUGCUGCAGGCGCCCGGCGCGCCGCCGCGCGGGCUCAUGCGCACCGUCGCGGAGCUCCGCCGCGACACGCGGACGGCCAUCCCCGUGGACAAGGACUCGCUCUACAAGCCCGUGGACCGCGCGCCGCGCGCCUUCCACAAGCAGGUGCUGCCGAAGAAGCUCGUCGAGGCCCUGCCCUUCGCGUCGAAGCCGAAAGGCGCGACGGCGCCGAAGUCGUCCAAGCGGCCGGGCUACCUC